AUGGACGCGAUCAAGAAGAAGAUGCAGGCGAUGAAGCUGGAGAAGGAUAAUGCCAUGGACAAGGCAGAUACCUGCGAACAGCAGGCCAGGGAUGCCAACCUCCGCGCCGAGAAGGUGAACGAGGAAGUCCGUGAGCUGCAGAAGAAGCUCGCCCAAGUCGAGGAGGACCUCGUCCUUAACAAGAACAAACUGGAGCAAGCCAACAAGGACUUGGAAGAGAAGGAGAAACAGCUGACCGCCACCGAGGCGGAGGUGGCCGCUCUCAACAGGAAGGUCCAACAGAUUGAGGAGGACUUGGAAAAAUCCGAGGAAAGGUCCGGCACCGCCCAGCAGAAGCUGCUUGAAGCCCAGCAGUCUGCUGACGAAAACAACCGUAUGUGCAAAGUAUUGGAGAACAGGGCACAACAAGACGAGGAGCGUAUGGACCAGCUUACCAACCAACUGAAAGAAGCUCGUCUGCUUGCUGAGGACGCCGACGGUAAAUCUGAUGAGGUUUCACGCAAGUUAGCCUUCGUUGAAGACGAACUUGAAGUAGCUGAGGAUCGUGUCAAGUCUGGUGACGCUAAGAUCUCAGAACUUGAGGAGGAAUUGAAGGUUGUAGGUAACUCCCUUAAAUCACUCGAAGUAUCAGAAGAGAAGGCUAACCAGCGCGUAGAAGAAUUCAAAAAGCAGCUUAAGACCCUGACCUCCAAACUCAAGGAAGCCGAGGCCCGCGCUGAAUACGCCGAGAAGACUGUCAAGAAACUGCAGAAGGAAGUCGACAGGCUUGAAGACGAGCUGGGCAUCAACAAGGACAGAUACAAGAGCCUGGCUGAUGAGAUGGACUCCACCUUCGCUGAACUGGCCGGCUAUUAA